GGCGGGGGUGGGGUGGAGGGGGUGCUUCGGGUGACAACGGUCAAUAAUGAAGGUGGCUGCGGCGCGGCGGCAGACUCGGCAGCGCCGGGCGGGGGCGACGCCGGGACCGCGCCUGUAGGACCUCGGGGCCGGCGCGGCAGGAUGGGGACCCGGCGCGGGGAGUGAGGUGGCGGCGGCGGCGGCGAGCGGAACUUCAGCAGGAGGGGCUCGCCCGCUCCCACCCCCCAACCCCCCCACGGCUCGUCGGCCUCCACCUGCAGCCCCGUGGCCCCCGCGCCCCGCGGGACCCGGACGGCGACGGCGGGGGCAUGUGGCGCUGGGUCCGGCAGCAGCUGGGUUUUGACCCACCACAUCAAAGUGACACAAGAACUAUUUACAUAGCCAACAGAUUUCCUCAGAAUGGCCUUUAUACACCUCAGAAAUUUAUAGAUAAUCGGAUCAUUUCAUCUAAGUAUACUGUGUGGAAUUUUGUUCCAAAAAAUUUAUUUGAACAAUUCAGAAGAGUGGCAAACUUUUAUUUUCUUAUUAUAUUUUUGGUUCAGCUUAUGAUUGAUACACCUACCAGUCCAAUUACCAGUGGACUUCCAUUAUUCUUUGUGAUAACAGUAACUGCUAUAAAACAGGGGUACGAAGAUUGGUUGAGACAUAACUCAGAUAAUGAAGUAAAUGGAGCUCCUGUUUAUGUUGUUCGAAGUGGUGGCCUUGUAAAAACUAGAUCAAAAAAUAUUCGGGUAGGUGAUAUUGUUCGAAUAGCCAAAGAUGAAAUUUUCCCUGCAGACUUGGUGCUUCUGUCCUCAGAUAGACUUGAUGGUUCAUGUCACGUUACAACUGCUAGUUUGGAUGGAGAAACUAACCUGAAGACUCAUGUGGCGGUUCCAGAAACAGCAGUGUUACAAACAGUUGCCAAUUUGGACACCCUAGUGGCUGUGAUAGAAUGCCAGCAACCAGAAGCAGACCUGUACAGAUUCAUGGGACGAAUGAUAAUAACUCAACAAAUGGAAGAAAUUGUAAGACCUCUGGGGCCAGAGAGUCUCUUGCUUCGUGGAGCUAGAUUAAAAAACACAAAAGAAAUUUUUGGCGUUGCUGUAUACACUGGAAUGGAAACUAAAAUGGCAUUAAAUUACAAAAGCAAAUCACAGAAACGCUCUGCAGUAGAAAAGUCAAUGAAUACAUUUUUGAUCAUUUAUCUUAUAAUCCUUAUUUCUGAAGCCAUCAUCAGUACUAUCUUGAAAUAUACAUGGCAAGCUGAAGAAAAAUGGGAUGAGCCUUGGUAUAACCAAAAAACAGAACAUCAAAGAAAUAGUAGUAAGAUUCUGAGAUUUAUUUCAGACUUCCUUGCCUUUUUGGUACUCUACAAUUUCAUCAUCCCAAUUUCAUUAUAUGUGACAGUCGAAAUGCAGAAAUUUCUUGGAUCAUUUUUUAUUGGCUGGGAUCUUGAUCUUUAUCAUGAAGAAUCAGAUCAGAAAGCUCAAGUCAAUACUUCUGAUCUGAAUGAAGAGCUUGGACAGGUGGAAUAUGUGUUUACAGAUAAAACGGGUACGCUGACAGAAAAUGAGAUGCAGUUUCGAGAAUGUUCAAUUCAUGGCAUGAAAUACCAAGAAAUCAAUGGUAGACUUGUACCCGAAGGACCGACACCAGAUUCUUCAGAAGGAAAUUUGUCUUAUCUGAGUAGUUUAUCCCAUGUUAACAGUUUAUCCCAUCUUACAAGCAGUUCCUCUUUCAGAACCAGUCCUGAAAAUGAUACUGAACUAAUUAAAGAACACGAUCUCUUCUUUAAAGCAGUCAGUCUCUGUCACACUGUACAGAUUAGCAGUGUUCAAACUGAUGGCAUUGGUGAUGGUCCCUGGCAGUCCAGCCUGGCACCGUCGCAGUUGGAGUACUAUGCGUCUUCACCAGACGAAAAGGCCCUGGUGGAAGCUGCCGCACGAAUUGGCAUUGUUUUUGUGGGCAAUACUGAAGAAACUAUGGAAGUUAAAAUACUUGGAAAACUGGAAAGGUACAAACUGCUUCAUGUUCUAGAAUUUGAUUCAGAUCGUAGGAGAAUGAGUGUAAUUGUUCAAGCACCAUCAGGUGAGAGAUUUCUGUUUGCUAAAGGAGCCGAGUCAUCUAUUCUCCCCAAGUGUAUAGGUGGAGAAAUAGAAAAAACAAGAAUUCAUGUAGAUGAAUUUGCUUUGAAAGGGCUAAGAACUCUGUGUGUAGCAUAUAGACAGUUUACAUCAAAAGAAUAUGAAGUGAUAGAUAGACGCCUGUUUGAAGCCAGGACUGCCCUGCAGCAGCGGGAAGAGAAAUUGGCAGAUGUCUUCCAUUAUAUAGAGAAAGACCUGAUAUUACUUGGAGCUACAGCAGUGGAAGACAGACUGCAAGAUAAAGUUCGAGAAACUAUUGAAGCAUUGAGAAUGGCUGGCAUCAAAGUAUGGGUACUUACUGGAGAUAAACAUGAAACAGCUGUUAGUGUGAGUUUAUCAUGUGGACAUUUUCAUAGAACCAUGAACAUCCUUGAACUUACAAACCAGAAAUCAGACAGCGAAUGUGCUGAACAAUUAAGGCAGCUUGCCAGAAGAAUUACAGAAGAUCAUGUGAUUCAGCAUGGGCUGGUGGUGGAUGGAACCAGCCUCUCUCUUGCACUCAGGGAACAUGAAAAACUAUUUAUGGAAGUUUGCAGGAAUUGUUCAGCUGUGUUAUGCUGUCGUAUGGCACCACUGCAGAAAGCGAAAGUAAUCAGAUUGAUAAAAAUCUCCCCUGAGAAACCUAUAACCUUGGCUGUUGGGGAUGGUGCUAAUGAUGUAAGCAUGAUACAGGAAGCACAUGUUGGAAUAGGAAUCAUGGGUAAAGAAGGAAGACAGGCUGCAAGAAAUAGUGACUAUGCAAUAGCUAGAUUUAAAUUCCUCUCCAAAUUACUUUUUGUUCAUGGUCAUUUUUAUUAUAUUAGAAUAGCUACCCUUGUACAGUAUUUUUUUUAUAAGAAUGUGUGUUUUAUCACACCCCAGUUUUUAUAUCAGUUCUACUGUUUGUUUUCCCAACAAACACUGUAUGACAGUGUGUACCUGACUUUAUACAACAUUUGUUUUACUUCCCUACCUAUUCUGAUAUAUAGUCUUUUGGAACAGCAUAUAGACCCUCAUAUAUUACAGAACAAGCCUACCCUCUAUCGAGACAUUAGUAAAAAUCGUCUGUUAAGCAUUAAAACAUUUCUUUAUUGGACCAUCCUGGGUUUCAGUCAUGCCUUUAUUUUCUUUUUUGGAUCCUAUUUUCUAAUUGGCAAAGAUGCAUCUCUGCUUGGAAAUGGCCAGAUGUUUGGAAACUGGACAUUUGGCACUUUGGUCUUCACAGUCAUGGUUAUUACAGUCACAGUAAAGAUGGCUCUGGAAACUCAUUUUUGGACGUGGAUCAAUCAUCUUGUUACCUGGGGAUCUAUUAUAUUUUAUUUUGUGUUUUCUUUGUUUUAUGGAGGGAUUCUCUGGCCCUUUUUGGGUUCCCAGAAUAUGUACUUUGUAUUUAUUCAGCUCCUAUCAAGUGGUUCUGCUUGGUUUGCCAUAAUUCUUAUGGUUGUUACAUGUUUGUUUCUUGAUGUCAUGAAGAAGGUAUUUGACCGACAACUCCAUCCUACAAGUACUGAAAAGGCACAGCUUACUGAAACAAAUUCAAGUAUCAAGUGCGUGGACUCCCUAUGCUGUUUCCCAGAAGGAGAAACAACGUGCACAUCUGUUAGAAGAAUGCUGGAACGAGUUAUAGGAAGAUGUAGUCCUACCCACAUCAGCAGAUCAUGGAGUGCGUCGGAUCCUUUCUAUACCAACGACAGGAGCAUCUUGACUCUCUCCACAAUGGACUCGUCUACUUGCUAAGGGGGCAGUAGUACUUUGUGGGAGCCAUUUCACCUCCUGUCCUAAAAUUGAGUACGAUCAUCCCGUGAAUGGCCACAUUAGCUCUGAAAUCCCUUUCUGAAGCCUCGAGUAGUUCACCCCCAUACAGAGUUACAGUGGCAAACAAUCAGAAAGCUUAACAUGAAUCCUGCACAUUCCACCUUGAGCCUGAACAUGCCACAGUUUGUGAAUAAAGAGACAUUUUCUAUCUCUUUGUCUGGAUUUGUCCCUUGUGCUUAUGGGACUCCUCAUGGCAUUUCAGCCUGUUGCUGAGGCCACUAUAUUUUAAUAUCAAGAGAAAAAGAGCGAGAAUUCCUCCUUCAUGUGUAUUUUUUAGUAUUAGCUUGGUUAUUGACUCUAUUUAAAUCUGCUUCUGUAAAUUAUGCUGAAAGUUUGUGUUGAGAACUCUAUUUUUUUAUUAGAGUUAUAUUUGAAGCUUUUCAUGGGAGAAGCUAACAUGAAUAGUCAGGAAUCUCGGUCCCUGCGUGACCCUUGGUAAUUCAGUAGUGCUUUAGAAGUUUGCAGGUGAAUUUAGGAGAAUGCAUUUCCAACCAUUAUUUACUGCAGUCUGGGUAGUGAAUUGAUACUGGUAACAGAUUUCUCCUAAAGUACUGUAACACAACCAGUAAAGUUAGCACCAUAUAAAUGCAAAGGGUGUAGAAUAUCUUACAUAUAAAUCAGGAAUCAGGUCCAUUCACCAAAUUUCAAACUGAUGUUUACUAUUUUUGUCACAGAAUAUGAAGAACCCAUAGUGGGUAAAUUGGGUACCAUUAGUAUAUUAUUAAUUUAAUGUGUUAUCAUUGAAUCUUUUGCAUGCUUUAAGUAUCUAAAUUUGCCUUAUUUUCUCUGAAGCUUCUGUUCAUAGUAUUUUAUGAUAAUGUAAAGUUCAACCAUAUCAAUAAAAACAAUUUUGGACAGUAUUUAAAUAUUGCAAAUACCUUUAAUUAUACAAAUCGAAAUAUUAUGGAUAACUCAAUCAAUAAAAAAGAGAAAAGCCUCUUUUGUGGCCAACCUAGAAUUGCUCUUGCCUUUUUGUAAGCUAAACUUUAUAAUAAAGGAUUUCAGAUGAGAAUUAUCCUAUUUGGGGUUAGCAUAUCCUUUCUAAGUUACAGCAGAAAGUUACUGCAUAUGCAUUUUGCCUGGUGUCCCAUUAUAAGGUACAUUGUCAGAGAUUUUUAUCAGGUAAUGGCAGCAAUAAAUUACAGUGCUGAGAAUGAUUAAUCAGCUACAUGUUACUAUACUUAGUUGCACUUCAAAAUAGUUGAACUCUCUUCCCAAAGUUACAAGUACUGUCAUUUAUUUUGUUAAAAAGAAAUGUUUUAAAAUUUAGAGAUGAUUGUUAUUUAAGAACUAUUACCCACAUCUAAGCAUAUAAUGAUUAUAUAAAUAUAUAUUUUAAAUUAUAAGAAAAUGGUUAAAUGAGGUUUUGUCAGAUUUCCCUUGAAAAUAUAAUAAUUCAUUUUUGAGGACUUAGACUGUGCAUCUCCCACUGCUUUCCCUUGUCAUGAAUAUGAGACUUCUGCAUUUGGGCUGGUAAGGAAAGAAUGAUCAAGACAGGAAUCAAAGCUUUCAUAUUUGCUGGUAAACUGUUUUCUUUCUAAUAUAUUUACCUGUUUCAAUAAUGCAAGGGUAUUAAAUUACCAAUUGAUAGCUAAAAAUGUAAUUUGCAUAAUUAGUCCUUCUUUAACUUUGAUAUUCCCAGUGUAGAGCCGGGGAAGAUGAGUUACUCUGGAAAUUCACCAAAGGAAUAAUGCAGGCACGAGGGACGCACUCACCAGCUCAUGUUCCAGUGCAGUAGUCUAGUAAAGGCGGCCAUGGAAUUGGCUUCCUCUUUGUUUUAUAAAACACACAUAUAACAGAAUGACAGCCAGUGAGCCUGUGUCACAUCUGCUUUACAGUGUUCCUUUGCCACCGGACAAACUGCUCCCCCUAGAGAAGGGUCGCGAGUCAUCGAGUAACACAUGGCCAGUAGCAGCAAGACAGAAGUCCGCUGGCCUGCAUGCUGCUCCAGGCGGGACUGAUGUCAUUUCCUUUAUUCCCCGUGUGGAGUUAGUUAAGGAGACUGUUUUACACACACACACACACAGUAAAUGGUAUCUACCUACUGUGUGCACAUCUCCCUUUGUUCAAAGCCUACUGUACCUUUAAAGGAACAAUUAUCUUGUAAUUUUAAGAACAGGAUCUUCUAUUUAAGAAAGUAACAACACAAUCCACAACUUUUCUGUCAUUUCCUACUGCUAAUGUUGUAAAACUAUUACUACAUAACCAGUAAGCUCAGAGAAGUUCCCUCUGCGUGUUUCUUUCAAAUUCUUUGGAAAGUAUGAUGUUGAUAAUAAACUUAUCUGCCAAAAGCAGGGUGCCGAUGUUAAAUGUGUUAGCGCUAGUUAAUUAAUGGUCUCAAAUCUAUUUGCCUCACUUGCCUGCUUUGGCCUGGGCUGUAGGCCUGAAGAUAAUGGCAGGUGCCAAGUCAGGUCUCCGAAUUGCCCAUCAGCUGUCAGUGACUCAGCACCCUGCCUGAGCUUUGGCAGGCGUAGGCUCAGCCUGGGAGAAGCAGAGUGCGGGUCAGGGAGAGACAGCCCCCAAGGCUCGCUGUGUCGAGGACGAAGGGAGUUCACAGUGUUUGAGUAUCUGUAACUGCCCUGCUCCUCGCGGCUGAAUCACCACGAUGUCCCGAGGCUCCCAGACCUGACCCAGUGCCCGCAGUAUCCUGAGUGCCCUGAAGCAGGGGCAAAUCAUCCUGGGAGGAAAUACCUGCACUCAGCCCUGUUACAGGCAUCAGCGCUGACUUCACUCCUAUUGCAGAGGUUUAUGAAAUUGAACUUGUCUGAUCAGCUUGAGAUCCUGAUAGGCAGAAGUCAAGGCCAUUAAGAAAAAUCCAAUUAAGAGCCAAAUUUGUCAAAUAUGCUACUCUGGAAAUCUGGGAG